AUUCAACUGAUUGGAAGAAGUGUUCUGGUUUCCCUUCUUUUGAUUACAUAAUGAAGUAUACAAUUUUGAUUUUUGUUGCUAUUUGCAUUGUGCUUUUAUGCACACACUGCAAAAGUGAGGACAGCAAGGGCAUAGAAGCUAGACAUCAUCAUCAUCACGGACAUCAUCACGGACAUCAUCAUGGACACCAUCAUCACCAUGGCCAUCACCAUGGCCAUCAUCACCAUCACGGUCACCACCAUGGACAUCACCACCAUCACGGCCAUCAUCAUCAUCAUGGGCAUCAUCAUCACCAUGGGCAUCAUCACCAUCAUGGGCACCACCACGGACAUCAUCACCACCAUGGGCAUCACCACGGUCAUCAUCACCACCAUGGGCAUCACCACGGUCAUCAUCACCACCAUGGGCACCAUCAUGGGCAUCAUCACGGUCAUCAUCAUGGGCACCACCACGGACAUCAUCACGGCCAUCAUCACUGAAUCAUCGGGCUUCAAUUAAUUACUCUUAAUUACAUAAAUAAUGUGCUAUAACAGAAUAAAACUUUAUAAAAUCUUUCUGUACAUUUACUGGGUAGUAACACUGAUCGAUUUAAUGUAGUUCCGUUCUGGCUUGGUUCUAUUAAAUACUUUAAAAUCCUAGCACUUCCUCAAUUUUCUUGUGUAGGUAUUUUUUAAAAGAGUAUUCAUGCAACUAAUUCGCUUCAGAUAUGUAAGGAACACUUUCACGGGAAAUACAGCAAAUUUAUUAAAGUAAAAACGCUAUUUGAAUUUGAAA